AUGUCCCGUGUUGGCAGCCUUUGCAAGGAUUCGCCUCAUUUCGAGGACGUUCCCGUGCUAGAAGCUCGCAGCGUGGACUGUUCGCAGCAAGAUGACCAUUUUAACACCAUUCAGGCGCAUCUGAAAAGCGCAGCCGUCGUUAAAAUCAAGCUCGGCUUCGAGGAUGACGACUGCCGCUAUCUCGAGCAAAUAAUCUUGAACCUCAAUCAGCACCAUGGACACGGUCUCCCAAUCAAUCACAGUGCCACCCGUGGCUGGUUUUGGGACAUUCGACCCAUGGUUAAAUCCCCCGAGGCCCUGUACCAAGCACGGUCAGAAACAGCAAACCACUUCCCUUGGCAUACGGACUGCAGCUACGAGUCAUCGCCUCCGCGAUAUUUUGGCCUUCAAGUGCUCCAACCAGAUUGCUGUGGUGGUGGUACGCUUUCGAUCCUGAAAGUUGAGAAACUUCUUGCACAUUUGUCUGGAUCAUCCCGGUCAGCGCUCUCCCAGCCCGAGUUCAGCAUCAACGUACCACCUGAGUUCAUCAAAGCCAAGAAUGACCGCCAGAUAGUCGGGAGUAUCUUAUCCGUUGAUGACGGCGAGUGGAUACUGCGCUUUCGGGAGGACAUCUUUACGCCGCUCACGGAGGCGGCGGCGUCUGCGCUUGCCGAGCUGAAGGACAUCUUAACCGGACCCGCGAUAGAGGCGGAGAUCCUGCAUCUCACUCCCGAGAGCAUGCCUCGAGGCUCUCUUAUUAUCGUUGAUAAUCGGCAAUGGCUGCAUGCCCGGAACGUGGUGAAGGAUCCAAAACGACACCUGCGAAGGGUGCGCUGGGAUGCCCAGCCAUUUGGCUCUGCUCCUUUGACCACAAUGCACUGA